AUGGGUUUCCCAUUCGGAUACGAGGUAGAAAAGAACAUACUUGGGAACCAAGCAUACCAAAACUGGUUCACUCAAAGGUUCACUGUGACAACUUUCGCGAACGAGAUGAAAUGGUACAGCACGGAAAACNUUAGAGGCAAAGAAGAUUACUCNACCGCAGACGNAAUGCUGAAAUUCUUCAAGCAGCAUGGUGUCGCGGUACGUGGUCACAAUAUUGUAUGGAACGACCCUAAGUAUCAACUUCAAUGGUUGAAUGCUCNCUCUGGCCGCGAGUUCUACANUGCNGUGAAGNGAAGGGUUUACUCGGUGGCUUCGCGAUACAGAGGCCAGCUUGCNGGUUGGGAUGUUGUGAAUGAGAAUCUUCAUUUUNACUACUUUGAGACAAAGAUGGGUCCUAANGCUUCUUAUAACAUUUAUAAGAUGGCUCAAGCGUACGAUCCAACGACAACUAAGUUUAUAAAUGAGUACAAUACGUUAGAGGAACCGAGGGAUCCGGAUUCGAGUCCACAAAGGUAUUUGCAGAAGCUUAGAGAGCUUAGAUCUAUUCGGGUCACGGGAAACAUAUCGUUAGGGAUUGGUCUUGAGUCUCAUUUCAAGACUCCUAGCCUUCCGUAUAUGAGAUCAGCUCUUGAUACUCUUGCUGCUACCGGUUUGCCUAUUUGGCUUACUGAGGUCGACGUCGAAGCUCCUCAAAAUGUCCAGGCCAAGUAUUACGAACAGGUCUUAAGGGAAGGCCACGCGCAUNCNCAAGUGAAAGGAAUCGUGACAUGGGCAGGUUAUUCUCCAUCAGGUUGCUACCGAAUGUGCCUGACCGAUGGAAACUUCAAGAACCUACCGACCGGAGACGUAGUGGACAAACUUUUGCAUGAAUGGGGAGGGUUUCGUAGACAAACCACAGGUGUCACUGAUGCUAAUGGAUUCUUUGAAGCUUCACUCUUCCAUGGUGAUUAUGAUCUCAAGAUUGAUCAUUCCAAUUCAAAAUCUUCUCACAGCUUUAAGCUGACUUCUGAUGGCUCCUCCAACACUCAACCACCAUCUUUUGUCUUUCAUGUUUAA